AUGAAAUUCAAGGAUGAGCGUUUAAAGCUGAUGUCUGAAAUCUUAAAUGGAAUGAAAGUAAUCAAGUUUUAUGCAUGGGAAGAAAGUAUGAAGAAGCUGGUGCUCGAAAUUCGUGAGAAAGAAAUCUCAGUUUUGCGUGAAAUAGCGCUAUACAAUGCAGCAAUAUCUCUGACGUGGUCGUGUGCUCCGUUUUUGGUUGCUGUCGUAACAUUCGGCCUUUACGUUAACAUUGAUCCGGAGCAUAAUCACCUCACACCGCAGGUAUGCAAUUGA